UUUUUGUUGCAUCAGAGAGAUUCUAAUUCUAUCCCUCUUCUUUCAAGUCAAAGAAUAAAGAGUAGGGAGGGAGAAAAAUUUAAAAAAAGAGAAAGUUUUAUAUAAAUGGGAUAAGAGAGAGAAGAAUAGCCAUAAUAGAUAAUGGCAUAUAUUCCCCCAACAAAACCCCACUUAUGUUUCCUGAUAUGGAGGGAAGAGAGAGAGAGAGAGUAGGACAUUCCAACAUCUCAAGUCUAUAAAGAGGAGAAUAGCCACCAUAAACUGACUCAUGCCUAAAAGGAUCAGAAAAUAAAAGCAAAUGGAUCUGCAAAACUUGCAAAAUCAAAGUAUGCAUUUGGUUCUUUCCGCUGAUGCAAAGCCAAGGCUGAAAUGGACUCCUGAGCUUCACCAACGAUUUCUUGAUGCCGUUAAUCAGCUUGGGGGUGCUGAUAAGGCAACCCCUAAGAGUCUUUUGAGAGUGAUGGCUAUUCCAGGACUUACUUUGUACCACCUGAAGAGCCACUUACAGAAAUUCAGACUUGCAAAAGACCAGCAACUAGAAACCUGCUGUGACAGAAAACAAGAAGAAUACAGAGAAAUCCAGAGCAGUGUUAGCCAUUGCAAAAGGGAAAUCUGCGUUGGGACUCAGAAUCAGAUGACUGACUUGCAGAUAGCACAGGCUCUCCAAAUGCAAAUGGAAGUACAGGGGAAACUUUAUGAACAACUUGAGGUGCAGAGGCAUUUGCAGCUUCGAAUUGAAGCUCAAGGGAAGUAUUUACAGUCAGUGCUCAAGAAAGCGCAGGAAACACUUACAGCAUACAGCUCUUCUUCCACUUCUGAUACAAAACUUGCAAAAGCUGAGCUUUCUCGGUUAUUGUCCAUGAUCAACAAUGCUUGUCCAAGUUCUCCGAUCUCAGAACUAACAGAGACAAAAGUGUUGAGUUCUAAGGAGGGGAAGAGGAAACAAAGUAGAGGGAUUAUGUGUUCAAUGGAAAGUUCUUUGACAUCUUCUGAGAGCUCUGGCUUAAAGGAAGAAAAGCAACGCAGGGAUGAAAGAGGAGACCCUCAAAAAUCUAAUUCUACCACUUCAGUUGAACUUCAAUUAAUGGCCAUUCGUUCAGUGGAUGAAGCAUCAAAUGGCGAUGCAAGUGAUGAAUCUAGUGGGAGAAGGAGAAGUGGAGGAACCAGUUAUGAUGGCGAAACGUGUGCUAAAAAGCAGAGAAAAAUUGAGCUGUCAGAAAUGCCCGACUUGAACAGGCAAUACCAGAAUGAUGUUGAUUCAAAUUCCAAGGCUAUUGAUUUGAAUCACUGAUAAAUGAUCAGUCCUGGCUUUCAGGAACCAUGAAACCAGAUGAGUUCCUUUCCUUAUAAAACAUAUGCCAAAAAGAAAAAAGAAGCCAUUUUAGAAGAAAUAGUGCUUAUAAACCAUGUAUUUUAUAUGAUGAAAGGGGGAAAAAAUUGAAUCCCGUAUAGCGUCAUGAUAGGCAUAGCGCAUGUACUGGCUAGUUUCCUCUAUGCUACUGGGCAGAGAUUUGUUA